AUGAUUUUGAUAUCUCAAAUGGAAGAGAAUUCUAGACAUUCGGCAAUUAUCAACGAUAUUUUAUUUUAUAAUUCUACUCAUUCAAAUUCUUCCAAAUCCACUUUUAUUUUUCUAAUAACUAGUCAAAUUUUGAACUUUUAUUUACCUCUAACUUGCCAUUCAAACGACGGGUAUCAAGAAGAAAUCUCGAAUGUUAGCCUAACUCGAAUUGGUGAAUCACUAUUACUCGCAAAAUGUGCUGCUGUAAAUGAUCCAUUAUUUGCGUCAGUUCAAAUGGAUGAUUUUAACUUGCAGGUUAGUUUAGAUUUUAUCUUACUUACUCUGGUGAAAAUCGUAAAAACCACAAUUAAACAGAUCGAUAUUCCGGUUCAAGAAAAAGAAGUGGAAAAUAGAAACGAUCAUGUUAUUUGUAUGUCACAUUUGGUGUUAUAUGAAGAUGGUGCUUCGAUUCUGUCACUACUAAAACAUUUUAGACAUUCUGCUUCGAGAAUUUUCAUAUAUGCUGCUAGUUUGAGGUUUGUUUCUUUUAAAAGUUACGUGGGAUAAUUUUUUAAAUCUUCCUUUAAAUAUCGUAAUUCAAGUUAUCCUGGGCCCUUUAAAAUUGAAGUCAACUCACCAAUUUUUUUUCAGCGAUGAACUUUACAAAACUCUUCUCGAAUAUUCGAACAAAAUUGAAAUAGUUCCUUGGAUGCUUCCCGAAUCAAAAAGACAUGAUGACGAUAUGGAAAUCCUACGAGUUGAUCCUAAUUUUGCGAAAGCGGCAGCUCGCAGCAGUCUCAAUCAUUGUUUUCUAAAAUAUGCGCCAAUUUCCAAGGAAGUUACUCUAAUUGAUUUGGCGACCUUGAAGUUUAAUUCCAUUUCUUUCAAUCCAGACUUUACGUUGAGGUAGGUUGAACAUUUUUUUAAUUCGAUUGUCGAUUUUUUUCUGGAAAAAAACACUUAAAGUUCAUCAAACAUACUUAAUUGCUUAAUGGGAUUAUUGUUCAAUUUUUCAGUGAAAAUGUCACAAAUGAGAUAAACGAUGGUUGGAAAAUCGAAAAAUUAACAACUUAUCGAGUUUCUAUGAACUCUCGUAAGUUUUUUUUCUGACUGGAACAAGUUACAGAGUGGCAUUAUGAACUCUUGUUUUUUUAAAGUUUCAAGCGAGAAAUUUUCUCAAGAAAAAGAUUUGAACCUAGAAAUUUGAAAAAUGUUAUUUUGAAAAGUUAAUUUUAUUUAGUUUUUCUGUACCAGUUGACUCUACUUUCCAUGAGCCACUCUGUAAUACGUUUUUAUAUGUAUAAUUUCAUCAAAAGUCAUUUUUGAACAGAAAAUGAUGUUGUCCUGAAUGAAAAAUGUUAUGUUCGACGCAACAAAAAAUCAACAAAAAUAAUCGAAGAAUGUGGAAACUUGACGAGCCCAAACUCUAAAGAUAUUGCAACUUCAUCAAGAUCAAUCUAUAUACCAAAAGUUAUUCAAUUCGAUAAUCUGAGUGUUUACGCAGAUGCUCUUGGAAGAUGCACUUCUUAUAAAUCAUCAUAUGAGGAACAUCAAAAAUUGAUGAAAUUUGAAUUCGAGUUAGAAAACCGGGUCUCUUCAGAAGUUUGUGAAAUUUCUUUGAUUCGUGAUGAUUUCAAAUGUCGAGUAGCAAUGGACUACAAUAAAAAAAUGUUCAGGUUUGUUCGGUUUCUGGGCGGUCUGGAAAACAGUUUUUUUCUUUAAUUUAAACCAAUUAAGAAACCGUAUUUAUAGAAGGAGGACUCGUCUACUCAUCAAUCGAAAACGAACAUUUCUAAGGUUCAGAGAUGGUUGUCACUCAUGA